AUCCACCUCCUCCUCUUCCACCUCCCACAUCCAUCCCACAAACAUCCCCUUCCUCUCACCAUAACCACACCGUACAACUCCUCCUUCCCAUUUCUUGCCCCCACCUUUCUUUUCCACAUUUCUUUGCCCCCAGUUAACCCCUCAAUUCACUUACCUUCUUCUUUGUAAUCAAUCUUCUUUUGUGUAUGUAUAUAUAUGUAUAUGUAUAUGUUUAUUUAUUUACACAUAUAUACAACACACAAUCUAAGUCCUUGAGUGAAUUCUAGCUAGUCUCUUGCUUUUCAUAUAUAUAUAUAUAUAUAUAUAUGCUCCUUCUUCAUCUUCUUCUUCUACUUCAUCCUCGUCAUCUUGAUCUAGUACAAAGCACGUACUUUCUUGUUGGUUUAUAUAGCAUAUGCACAGAGAGAUUAGUUCUCCGGUGACGAUCAGAAAUGUCGGCUCAACUCGCUCCGGAGAACGUUUGCUAUGUUCACUGCAACUACUGCAACACUAUCCUCGCGGUUAGUGUGCCAGGCAAUAAUGUGUUCAACAUUGUCACGGUAAGAUGCGGUCAUUGUUCGAAUUUGCUGGCUGUGAAUAUCGGAGCUUUACUUCAAUCACUGCCUCCUCCCAAUCUUCAGGGAAAUCAAAUGGAGGUAGGAUCUUCUUCAAAAUCUAAUAGAACAUCAGCAAGCAAUUCAGUGGAGAGUGAUCAACAACAAAUGCUGCCAAUUCGGCGUAAGGCUUUCGAUACUAAUUCAUUCUCUUUAUCAGAGCAAGAUUUGUAUUGGCAAGAGGAAUGGUUGGAAAGGUUAGUAAGUAAAAUGCUAAAUGACUAUGAUGUCGAUUUUUCGUAUUAUUCUCUUUAUGCAGCACCAGAGAAGAGACAAAGAGUUCCUUCUGCGUAUAACCGGUUUAUCAAGGAGGAGAUACAAAGGAUAAAGUCUAUGAAUCCAGACAUUAGCCAUAGAGAGGCUUUCAGUGCUGCAGCAAAGAAUUGGGCGCAUUUCCCGCACAUUCAUUUCGGUUUAACUCUCGACGCAAACAAGCAAGCAAAGCUCGACGAGCCUAUCAGUGCACAAGGAAGCCAAAAAGUCUCAGGAAUUCUACUGAGCUAAUGGUGUGUGUGUGUAUAUAUCUAUAUCUAUAUAUAUAUAUAUAUAUAAAUAUGUAUUCUAUUUGUGGAACUUAUCCUAAGAUUUUAUGAGAAUCAUGAUAAACUCAUGCUGCAGUUAUAAUUAUUAAAGUAUCAUCAAUGAGAACCUUGUUUGUUUUC